AUGACUCCCAAGAAGACUGCCGCUCCCUUCCUAUGGUUUUCUUUUUGCUUUGGGAAUGUUCUUGAGGCAGUGGUGCUGGGAUCGGUGCAGUACCCCUCUGAUAACGGGCUCCACGACUCACAUCUGGAUGCGCGGGGUCCUGCAGAAGCCAGUGCGAGCUCUCGGAACGACUCCACAUCUGUUCAUGUUCCGUCUUACAUGAUCUCUCUGUACAGGACUCUAUCGGAACUGGACCGACGGGGAAGCAACGGCAGCCAGACGCGCUCCAGGAGAUAUGCCAAUACAGUCACCAGCUUCAUGGACCUGGGACAAGACGAGCCUUCGUUAAAGCUCCACCAGCAGUACACAUUCGACCUGUCCGGUCUCUCACGACUGGAUGAACUAAUGGAGGUAGAGCUGCGGAUUCUGAGGAGGCCACCGCCUGAUGUCUUAAGUUUACUCUCCAGUGGUGGGAACCUGUACCGACUACUCCUUCACACCUGUUCCCUCCCGGGAUCCUCAAACCAACCUCUACUUCUCACCUCCAGGACCAUUGAUCUUCUAGAUACCGCUUCGACCACAUGGGAUGUGUUUGACGUUGGAGCAAGCGUGAAGACCCACCUCAAGUUGCACAGGACCGUGGAAGGCAGCAGGCCUUUGUGCUUCAGCAUAUCCGCCGUUUCUGAUUCAACUAACGAGGUUGUGCAUCCUAGCAUGCUGGGUCUAAACCACGAGGAUCAGCAGACACACGAAAGAGCCUUACUGGUGACCUUCACUCGAGCUCGGAGGAAGGAGAACCUCUUUAGGGAAAUCCGUGAGAAGAUAAAGGCAAUGAAAAGUCGUAAAUUUCCUAAUCCCGCAGCGGAGCAUGGUUUUAAAGGUCAUCCGAGACAUCGGCGGAGGAGGCGGACUGCACUAUCAGGCCGUUCCGGUGUGGGACUCACAACAGGGGGUGGAGGCGGUGGAAAGGGUGGUGGCAGACGGAGAACACGUUGCAGUCGGAAGCCGCUUCACGUGAACUUCAAAGAACUUGGUUGGGAUGACUGGAUUAUUGCGCCGCUAGAUUACGAAGCUUAUCACUGCGAGGGUUUGUGUGACUUCCCCUUGCGCUCACACCUGGAACCGACCAACCAUGCCAUCAUCCAGACUCUCAUGAACUCCAUGGACCCGGAGUCCACUCCUCCCAGUUGUUGCGUUCCUUCUAAACUCAGUCCUAUUAGCAUCCUCUACAUUGACUCUGGGAAUAACGUAGUUUAUAAACAGUAUGAGGACAUGGUGGUGGAGAGUUGUGGGUGCAGGUAGCAAUGUGAGUGAGGGGUGAGCGACCCCUGGACACUAUCCGAAAGCCUCAAAUGUGGAGGCAAAGCACAGCAUUGUGGGCAAGACGACGCAGUCAGAGCUGGUGUGUGUAAAUGUGUGACAACGAGCAUGUGUGUAUGUUCAGACGGCGACAAGACAUUGAGUUGUGUUUUAGAAGCGAGCGGAGGACAUGUGUGCCGAACAGCUCCAAAUUCCCUUACAGCACCAAAUAAACAACUCCUCAACGAAAAAUGAGUGAAAACAUAGGCUUUCCAGAAAUUAUUUUACAUCCUGUUAAUAUAAACUCAAUGAUAGAGUGUUGAAGUAUCCUUGCAGCAGCCGUAGAAAUGUUGGCCCCGUUAAGACUCUGUCAGAGUCUGAGAAUCUGUCAGCGGUAGCACGCAACUAUAACGUGUGUAACAGUUAAAGGUGCUUUGCAUGACAGUCAGCUUAUAUUCAAGAUGAAAUAACUCAGAAGAAUUUUGUAGUUCUUCUAAAAAUGUUUCUUUGUGGAGUCUGGUGACCUUAAUUAAAUAUGGCAUUGACUGAGUGAAAGUUUGACUCCAUUCUAAAUCUAAGGGGUCAAAGUUUAGCUGGUUAGCAUGGCCUCAUUAGCCCCUGCUGGUAGAUGUCGUAACUACACCAUGUGGUUGCAAUCUUUAUCAACUGACGACCAUUCAAAAUAGCUGUAGUAGGUGAAUGUGCACAAGGCUUUCUUAAAGGGACAGUUCAACCAAAAAUUUAAACUCUGUAAUUAACUACUCACCCUCAUGACUGUUCCAAACCUAUAAGACUUUUUUUUUAUCUUUUUAACACAAAUUAAGAUAUUUUUGAUGAAAUCCAAGAGCUUUCUGACCCUCCAUAGACAGCAACGUAACUGACACAUUCAAGUCCCAGAAAGGGAGUAAGGAUAUCUAAUAAACGCACGUCAAAGACUGAUACGGAAGAGAAGAAAUUAGUUAAAGUCAUUAUUUUAGUGUUGUUAUGUCACAUGGACUACUUUAACGAUGUCCAUGCUACCUUUUUGAGUCUUGAAAGUGGUUGCUUUGUUCUAUGCAGGGUUAGAAAGCUCUCGGAUUUCAUCAAAAAUAUCUUAAUUUAUAUUCCAAAGAUGAACUUCGGUCUUACGGUUUUGGAACAACAUGAGGGUGAGUAAUUAAUGACAGAAUUUCAUUUUAGUGUGAACUAUCCCUUUAAACGUGUAAAACAGACCUUUUCAGCCUGUCUUUUGUCCUACGUGAUCUCAUGACGAAAAUGUACCUGUGGGAACUUUUUCGCAAGAUGCAAAAUAUGUACCAAUAAGUACAUAUCACUGCAGUUUCCAACAGAAAUGAACACUAGAGGUAGUAAAUCAGCGAGCACUUGUAAUCGUUUUCGUACACAGUUAUGAUUACAGCUACAUAUGUUUCGCUUUCCGGGCGUAAGCUUGCUCAGUAGCUUAGCUAGCACAGAAUUAGACUUACGAUGCAUUCA